AUGCUUCAAUUGGGCACUAGAUUUCAGACUGAUCUCAAAUAUAUCUUGAUUUGGAGUCCGCCAAAACCCCUUUACGGAUAUCGAAGAACCAAAAAGUCGAUAACAGGCCAGAAAAUUUUUAUCAAACAAAAGUGUCCGCAUUUCAACUGCUACAUCUCCUACGAUGAAAAAUUAUUACAAGAAGAUCAUAGGAACUUCGAUGCAGUGGUAUUCAAAGUAAAGGAUAUACAAAAUAUUGUAGCACCAAUAAACAUAACAAGAGCUCCCAACCAAAUAUAUAUAUUCAACUCUUUGGAACCAGCAGAGAUGUAUCCUGUGUGCAGUCCAGUUUUUGAUAACUUUUUUAAUUGGACGUGGACGUAUAAACUUAAUUCAGAAAUACCGCAUCCGUUCUUCAAUAUAUUCGAUGUCAAUAAUGAAAUUUUUGGACCAAAGAUAUUUGUGAACUGGACAAAACAAAUGGAUCACACAGAGAAAUAUAAGAAUAAAAUGCGCAAUAAAAGUUUGGCUGUUGCCUGGAUUAUCACUGAAUGUAGAUUAAAAGCUAGACAUCAAGAAUUUAUAGCGGAAUUUAAAAAUGAAUUAAAAGGUUAUAAUUAUACUUUGGACAUGUUUGGUCCUUGUGGUGAUAGAAAAUGCCCGAAACGUAAUAAGAAAGGUUGCUACGACGUAAUUCAGCAGAACUAUUUCUUCCAAAUGAUUUUAGAGGAUACAUUUUCCGAGGAUUAUAUUACAGAGAGAAUGGUGAAGGCGAUGAAUUCUCUUUCCAUACCCAUUGUGUUGGGGGGUUCCAAUUAUAAAAGAUUUCUACCUCCUGGUUCAUACAUCAACGCACAAUCGUUCGACAUGAAAAAGCUGGGAGCUAUAAUCGACUACUUAAUAAAGAACCCAGUGACUUACCAAUACUUCUUCGAUUGGAAAAAUCAUUAUUACUACAUGGCUAGACCACGAUCCUACAUGGUUGAUAAUUACGGAAGCUCCCAUCCAUUAAAAUCUUUCCGAAUCAGCGGCGCUUCGCCCCCGGCGGCCGGUCUAGGUGGCUGCGAUCGUUCGCCGGGGUGCUAUCAAUUAUUUACACCUGUCAACACGCAAAACAAUGGAUGGGCAAACCUUUUAUUUGGUUUCUCUGCUCGUCUGGAGAGUGAAAAUUGCAUGUACUUUUGA